GCCUCGGUGUUGGCGGAAUAUGUCACCUAUAGUGGCAUUGUCCUUGAGCUCCAUAUCGCUGACGCCUCCGCACAAUCAACAUUUGAGCGUGCGUUUUCAGUUUCCAGGUAUCGUGCAACUUUUGAUGUGCUGGGACCUUUGCUUGUCGGUUUAGAUUUCGAAUGGAAACCGGACAAAGCAGGUCAGAACAAUCCUAUAUCUUUAAUGCAAUUCGCUUGUUGGGAUACGGUGCUGCUUCUGCGCGUGCCAAAUUGUUCAGAGCUGCCACCAUGGCUCACCCAAUUUCUCGAAUCCGGCGAUGACGUUGUAAAGGUUACAGCUAGCUUUGGUGUUGCUGACAAGCGAAAACUGCAGAGGAGCUUCAACUGGGAUUUCGAUGCCAAGGCAGUCCAUACCUCCUAUUGGGAUAUAGCAGAGCUGGCAGCAGCCCGAGAGAUCCCACAAGGGAUGCUGAAAAUGGCGCACCACUUUGAGAUUCCUUUCCAAAAACGAAAGGACGUUGGUGCAUCGGACUGGGAAAGCGCCGGUCAUAAAGGUUUGACUGCAGAACAAAGAGAAUAUGCUGCAAACGAUGCGUUUUUUCAGUUAUAUCUUUUGGGGCGGCUAUUACAAGUGCCACCCCUGCCUGAGAAAAAGCUUUUGGAUUCUUGGGAUGCAAUCAGUCAGAAGAUGGAGGUGAGUCUAAAACGUGUUGACAAUGCUGAAUACUACAACAAGUUCAUGGCCCUUCGGGAUGUUAUCAGGGAUGCAGUUGACGUGCUGAGCAGAGCUUUGGGAUCUGAUGGUUGUACCAACAUUAACGAAUUAAAGCAAUUCAAGUCAGUACAAGCAGCAUUGAAGUCAAUGGCGCCAGUCCAACUGAAUGCUCAUUUCCUCAGACAAAACAGCGACGUAUUUGUGUGCUUUUUCCGAGACGGCACUUUGCGGGUCCGGCUCCAAUCAUCUGAAAGUGAUGAAGAUGUGGACGGGACAGAGACGGCUGAGCAGGACGAUGCCACAUUCCUUGAGAAGGUGCAGGAAUCGCUUGCCGCUUAUCGGCAUCCCACAGGGAAAAAGAGGAAACUGGGUGAACCUCUUUGGGUUCCUGCUCGUGCAAUUCUAACGCGAGCACAAGUCGAAAGGUUUGAAAAAAGCCCAGAGAACUCCUCGAUAGAGACCAGUUACGACUCAGAAGACGGAAUGCUUCUUCGCCUUGCCCGGCAUCCCCGCGCACCAGAUGACCUUGAAUACAUGGACGAACAUAUUUCCAAACUCAGUCGCAAUCUGGACAUUGACGUAGAAGAUGCGAAGCAAAGACUGAAAAGCGAUGAAAAAUUCAUGCAGUUCUGGAGCUUAAUUCGAAGUGUGGAAGUGAAUUCAGAAGAAGAGCGAGCCAUCUCGCGAAACCUUGGCGCCAGAACUCAAAUACUUGCUGAUGCCCACCACCUCGCUAAGCGAUUGUCAAGUGAAGUGCCAGAAGUGAGCUGGCAAGAGGCAAGAGAAGGUCUAGAGAAGGUGCCGUGGUAUCGCCACCUUCUUGGCGUCUACCUAUCCGAGGGAGGGGAUCGCAAUCAAGACUUUGAGGAGUGCUUUGCCGCGAUUGUCAGAGUUUGGCCAGAUGUUCAGAGUGUGCAAGCGAAGAGAAAAGCCAAGCCUGAGACCAGACCUCAGUGGAGUGUGAGCCGCACUUUGUGUAGACACGCUUUGUUGUUUUCUGCAGUUUAGAUUUUGAAUGCUGUAGACGUUGUGUAGCAGCGUAGGGAUCCGCAAAGUUGAUAAAGGGAUGGUAAUAUGCAACUGGCCCACCAGCCCGGCCAAGAUGCUCAAGAAUGUGAAGAAGUCCUCAAAGGGUCAGUGUCGCUAUCGAGCUGCGGAUGUUUUGAGUAAGGAGCGGUAAACCUUCCAAGCGCAGCAGGCAGGCCCUUGUUGAUUCGAUGCCAUGUGGGAAAUUCGAACAGCUGACGUCACUGAAGCUUCACCUACUAACGGGCUCGUAGUAAUGCGGUCUUGGUGCGGUCGAGAAACA